GCGAACAGGGGGCGGGGUCCUCGCCCCUCCCCCACGUGGCCGGGAGUGGUGUGGGUGGUGCGGCGUAGGGAGCCACACGUGUGGGGUGUUUCGGGGUUGGUACUCGUUGAUUUCCCGGACCUGAGGGCCCGCUGCCUGCGAAGAUGCCGAAGAUCAAGUCUGGGGCGAGCGGCCGCCAUCGCGAGCGGCAAGAACAGCGCCGGGAGCUGAAGAGCGCCGGAGGACUCAUGUUCAACACGGGCAUUGGGCAGCACAUUUUGAAAAAUCCUCUCAUUGUUAACAGCAUUAUCGAUAAGGCUGCCUUAAGGCCAACUGAUGUGGUGCUGGAAGUUGGACCUGGAACUGGCAAUAUGACUGUAAAGUUGCUAGAAAAGGCAAAAAAGGUAAUUGCCUGUGAACUUGACCCAAGGCUAGUAGCUGAACUUCACAAAAGAGUUCAGGGCACGCCUCUGGCCGGCAAACUUCAAGUAAUGGUGGGUGAUGUGUUGAAAACAGACUUGCCAUUUUUUGAUGCUUGUGUGGCAAAUUUGCCUUAUCAGAUCUCUUCUCCUUUUGUCUUCAAGCUGUUGCUACACCGACCUUUUUUCAGAUGUGCUGUACUUAUGUUUCAAAGAGAAUUUGCGCUCCGACUGGUUGCAAAACCUGGAGAUAAGUUAUACUGCAGACUCUCAAUUAAUACCCAGCUGUUAGCACGUGUGGACCAUCUAAUGAAAGUUGGAAAGAAUAACUUCAGGCCACCACCCAAGGUGGAAUCCAGUGUUGUAAGGAUAGAACCUAAGAAUCCGCCACCACCUAUCAAUUUUCAGGAAUGGGAUGGCCUAGUAAGGAUCACCUUCGUUAGGAAAAACAAGACGCUGUCUGCUGCGUUUAAGUCAAGUGCAGUGCAACGGCUAUUGGAGAAAAAUUACAGAAUCCACUGUUCAGUCCAUAAUAUUAUAAUACCAGAAGAUUUCAGCAUAGCAGAUAAAAUACAGCAAAUCCUAACCAGCACAGGUUUUAGUGACAAGCGGGCCCGUUCCAUGGACAUAGAUGACUUCAUCAGAUUGCUACAUGGAUUCAAUGCAGAAGGUAUCCAUUUUUCUUAGGUAUCUGGAAAACAGAAUGUUUCAAACUCAAGUCAAGAAACUGGAAUUGUAUAUUUUUAAUAAUUUGAGAAGAUGAACUGUGCUUUUGUGUCUACUAGGACACUAUGUGCUCGACUAUUUUUGACUUAUACUACUGCUGUCACCAUUUAUUACUCUAAAUUUUCAGGGUAGUAAGUCAGUCAGUUCUAAGUACCCAGCGUUUUUUUUUGGUUUUGGUUUGUUUUUAAUAUCAAAUAUACGGCAGGGUCCAAUCUAUACCUGAUAAUCUUCAAGAGCCGCAGACACGCACAACUUUACACUUAAACUUAUCAUUUCUAACAGUUUAUUGUAUAAAGAUGUUACUCUUCCAUUUUCUAUUAUAUAUUACUGUGAGCUUCUUUAGGCCUUCAGCUCUUUAGGCCUUUGUCCCUCAAGUGGUGAAAAAGCUAAAAUAUGCUUAACUUAGUCACAUAUUCCCUAUACCAUUUCUUGUUAUUCAUGUGUACAGUAAAACAACUGUUUCUCAAAA